CUCAUUCCUCAGAAACAGCUGGAGACGAGCUGAACCGGCACUCAAACUACAGACCGAAGAGGUCAGUCUGACAGACCGGAAACUCACAAAAGUCCUCUGUUUGUUCAGCAGUUCGUCAAAGUGCCAAAACAUCUGUGCGUAAUUACGCGAACAAUGAGCGCCGCAGCCACGAUGGAAGUGAACGCCGAAGCCAGACGGAUCCUGGCCGUGUCCAUAAGCAAGCUGUACGCCGCCAGGACCCAGCGAGGCGGCCUGAGACUCCACCGGAGCCUGCUGCUCUCCCUGGUCAUGAGGUCCGCGCGGGACAUCUACCACUCAUCCACGACCACCGGCGCGCCUCCGGCUUCAGAGGAGCCGAUGGACACCAGCCCCGGCACGGCGGAGAGGGCCGAGCUGGCCGAGAGUCAUCCAGAGUUAAACCCGCCUCCAGUCUCAACCGAGGAGCCGGCGGACGCGGAGGAAGUGUGUGAAAAAAACAGAGAGGACAAAGAGAACUUGAACCCGGCGAGACAGUCCAGGAAGCGCCGCGGCAAGGCGGCGGCGGCGCCGGACUUCCUUCCAAGCAAGAGGGCGAGGCUGGAGCCCGGGGAGGAGAGGUACGACACCCCGCCGGCCAGCUGCCGGUCCGGUUUCGGGGACUGUUUGACUGCUUUGUCUCUAAACCGGGUCAUACCUGCCUUCUGAGCACACGGCGGACAGGAAGUGUCCUCAAACGGGACUUGGAAUCGGAGUGAUUUUCAACUCCGCGCUCACUAAAAAGGAGAUCCGGAUCCCCUUUUACGCACCGAGGACCGGACCGACAGCGGUUGUCCCGGGACUGAGGGGAGUACCGCGGUGCGCCCUGACCGAUCCGAGCGAUCAACAGCCCGAGGAGAGGAUCCGAAGGCCGGGGAAGUUUGCGGGACAAACCGGAGUGAAACCGGUUCUGUCGCUUCCCCCCCCCGAGUGAUUCAACUUCAAUGAAAUGAGUCAAAGUGCUGACUCAAGGUGUUUGUUCGUGAGUCACUGACGUGACUCAGACUGGCGUGAAAACACAAGUCACGUGACUCCCGGGAAUUUCCGGCCAUGAUGCCGGGAUUUGUGAAAGAGGAAGGACCUCUGAGAUUCUAACGAACUGUGUUCUACAAGGUGCUUUAAAAAUAAAUGUCUGUGUCACUGAAAUGUUCUUGUACAUGUCUGACUUGUGACAAAAAAGGGAUCUACCUCAUGUUCCAAGCUGCAUCUAUAAAUGUGCAAUCAGAAAUGUGUAAUAAAACACAAGAAAGUGGA